GGAAGAUAUCAGUCAUUUCCUUUUGGACUGAAUAGCACCAGUCUUCGAUUGCAAUGGUUAGAGACGUGACGAAUAUGACUAACUUUUUAGAGACGUGAAAAAUUAGACACGACGCCAUAACUUAACGGGCACAAGAACAUCAUAAUAUUUUCAUCAUUUCAUCUGAAACGGCGACCAUAGUCAAAAAAUGGGCCAUUCGUAUUCGUCGCAACGUUUGUCGUUUUUCGAUUACCUUUUGAGUGCUGGCAUUAUGAAACCUCCCUUGUCAUGCAUUGGCUGGGUCAAGGCCUUUAUAAUGAAACUUCUCGAUCAACGCCUUUAUAAUGAAGAAACUUGAACUUCUUCUCUAUUAGCGUGAGUGCAAUUAGGACUAAAUCUAAAAAAAGAGUCGUGUCAUUAGUUAGGUCUUAGGGGAAGAAGAUCUAGUAGUACUGAUCCUCUACCUCUAAUCUCCGUUGUUGUCAACCAGAGUUUGCUGGAGCUAGAGCCCUUGGGGUUCCGUUGGAUCCGCUAAAAUGGGGUACCGGAGACCUUCACCGCGCAGCGAGAGCGUUGUUUUAUAGACAUGAUACGUUAUGGCUGAGAAGUAUUUUAUUCUAUUCUGACUCUUCUGUAGCCUCGAAUCGCAUGUCACGAUGGUCAUCCUCUAGAAUCAAUUACACAAGUAUCUGAAUUUGCUUCGAAUGAUCCAUUUUUUGUGUUGGAAAAAGAAUGCGGUGCCCGUUCUUGAUUGAGCUGGGUAUCUCAUCUCAUGCUCAGCAUCCUCAUGCGCUAAAUCAAGACGACCUAGGCAAAUUAUCCGUGGAGGAUUUGUAUGAGCUCUUUUACGAAUGCAGCUACGAUUUGGCUGACUUCCGUCAUUUGCCAGGGCAAGAUGAAGUCCGGUCUCUCGUUCAAAAAGCUUUGGAUUAUGGACGAGGUAAUAUGUAGUACUUGGGCGAGGUAAUAUAAUCUAGUACUUCUUGUAGUAAGUUGGUAUGGACGAGGUAAUAUGUAGUAUUUCGAUUAUGGAGGUAACAUGUGAUGGCGUUUCUACCAUUCUGCCCUAUUAAGUACCGGAGAAGCGGACGAUCCUCAGCAGCAUUAGAAGGUGAUGACGAUUUGACUGGACAGGAUAGGCAAAUCGAACGCCUUUACCGAAGAUACAGAGAGGAAAAGAAGGAACUGCUAGCUUUGCAGGAGAAGCGGAAAACAGCAGACUCUAGAAAAGCAGCUUUGAAAGAAAAAAUCAGGACAUUGGAGAAGGAGCUGAGCAGCGCAAGAGCACAAUUGGUGCAGGAGUUUCCUGAACAAGAAGUUAAGGGAAGAGAAUAGAAGAGCGACAGUGACAGUGAGAGGACUUCUUGAGUUGAAAAUACAAAGAUAUUACAUUCUAAAAGACCACUACGCAGUACUCAGAAGUUCUGCUUGUUUGAGGUUGAAGUUGUUGUAUAAGAUUUGAAUACUGAAGAAUAUUCAUACUAACUUUUCCCUCAUCUAAGUCAAGCAAGGAGCAGCUGCGAAGAUAUGAGGAGCGAGAGCGGGAAGCACAUCUGUGCGAGAAAUUGCGAAAGUUUCAAUCAGACUACUUGUUGGGACUAUUAUUCGACGAUGAACAAGAGGCAGCACACCCACAGGCAGGGAAUAAAACUAUAGGUGGGACGAGCGCUUCCUCCUUCGGACUGAGAAUGAAUACUCAACAUUCCUCGAAUACAACAACGACUGGCGGGAGAAUGAAGAGCACUCAGUCGUUGUCGAAUACAACGACAAGUUUACGAAGAUUUUCUUGGUGUAAUUUGAAAUAAGUAGGAGGUAGGUAAAACUGCGGACGGCGGACACCCUCCUAAAAAUCCUAAUCCUAGGUAGAUGAGCAACAACAUCCUUUUUUUGUUUGUUUCGCAUAUAUGACUGAUUCUUUCUAAUUCUGACGAAUACUUUGGCCCGCAUGAUGAAGAAAUUGCCUGUGCGCGGACGGGAGAGAUCUAGAUCGCCAUCAAGGAGACAGCAUCGAUAUAAAUGACUCUUCAACAGCGGAGGAGCAUGAGGACUUGGGGUUUCCUUAAUAGCAGCAAUGUGUUGAUUCCGAAUCAUGGGUCCCUUCAGGGAAGGGACCAAGACUCCUUUGAAUGGGACGACCAAUACUCCUUUGAGUGGGUCUUUACAACAGGAGCAUUAGAGUAAAUGACACACGGGAAUGGAAAGGACAUGAUGUUGCUGUUGCAAAAGCAGAAGAAGGAUUUUAUUGUAAAACGCAAGUGAGGCUGUGGAGCGGGAGACGAGGUUCUCUAAAGAAAAAGGCCUGAAGAGUCUUUAAACGGGACUUGGUCCUAGGAUUGUAGUUGGUCAGAGAUCUCUAAUGUUGCUCUGCAACUCCCGUAAGACUUGAACUCUAACUCCAAC